AUGAUUCUACUACGAAGAAUUAUCAAACCAUCAAUUCAUAUUCGAUAUGCUAGUGGUAUAUCAUUUCGAAUUAAUGAAUUAGCACGAUUCAGCGAUGGAAGUGCAAUUGCUCAAUUAAAUAACACAAGUGUACUUGUUACAAGUGUUAGUAAAUCUAAAACAUUAUCAUCAAGUCAACCAUCAUUUUUACCAUUGACUGUUGAUUAUCGAGAAAAAGCAGCAGCAGCUGGUCGAAUACCAACAAAUUAUUUACGAAGAGAAAUAGGUUUAACUGAUCAUGAAAUUUUGACUGGACGGAUGAUUGAUCGUUCAAUAAGACCUUUAUUUUUAAAUGGAUAUGUUUAUGACACACAAGUAUAG